AGAGAGAGAGAGAGAGAGAGAGAGACGUUUAUUUCACAACUCAAUUCAAAGAAAAACUAGUGUGAGUACGCCAUGUAGAGUCGAGAUUAACCUCAACGCGUUGUGUACUGUCAAUGAUAUAUGUAGUGAAGUAUCCAUCUCUAUAUAUGUAGAGAUAUAUAGAGUGCAGACGGGUUACGUGCCAGAGGCGCUUGGCUGCAGCACACUGCCGUUCAACUCUCUUUAGCAAACCAAGGCAGGUCUGAACCAGAGCUCGACUGUGGAGCUCGAAAUGAACGGGAAGAAAUGUCUGGCUCGUAACGCGUGGAUAUCGAGCACCGUGCGCCAUGGUUAUUAAAUCUGCAGCUUGAGAAUGAUAUGCAUAUCUAUAACGCGCUGCGUGUGGAAGCAAGGCGGAAAGGUUUGUAAGUGCACGGGAUCUGAGCGGAUGAGUGUCCGGGUUUUUAAAUGCAUUGGCUGUGUUGUCCUGGGACUGCGAUGCGCCUAACGCCUUUCUUCGUUUGGGAUUACUUUUGCACUGAGAUUUUUUGUUUAUUUCUGAGCGGGUUUGAUGAGGACAGCGAGCUGAAAACAAACACACUUCGGUUUGCUGCCCCCAGACAGCACAGCGCAACCGCCACAGCUUCGUGCACUGAACCGACAUGGAUGGGGACCCAGCGCCGGUGAUUCCGUUAGACCUCCGGACAACCCGCAAAUCAGGGAGCCCCAGAGAGGAUAUUGCUACCACUGAUAAACCCAGUACUAAACAGGCCAGUAGACUUGGAACCAGUGCAAGCACGGGCGAACUGGGAAGGACCGGGAGAAUGGGGUGCAAGGGUGAAGCGGCAGAACAGAGGCAGGACUGGGACACGGAGUCCAGAGUGCAGGGACCCUGGUUCAAUACGGUUCCACCCCGCGCUCCGUUUGCACAGGUGCCGCCGGGUUAUCAAGCACUGGUGCCGAGCUAUAGCGCACAGAACUACCCAUUCCCGGUAGCGUUCGGCGUUGACUCUGUAUGGAGACCGCCCUUGGUCCAUAUAAGCAGUGGUAGCGGAUUCAGCGGUGUUUACCUCCCUUUCAAACAACAGAGAGAGCACGGGCAUUGGAAAAAUGAAGCUUGGAGAGGCCAAACAGCCGCGGUUUCCCCGGUAACCACUCAAACUCCAAACGCGACUUCCAGGACCCCCGAUUCUUUGGAGCGGCCGCAGAGCGGCGCCUCGUCUUCGCCCGUUUGCAAAACAGAACUGCAACCGAACUCGCACGGAGGCUCCAAAGCGACCGAUAAGCCCGCCCUGUCCUUGCCGUUGAGGAAGCGACCUUACCCAGCUGUGGAGACUGAGGACAGCCGUUCGGGGGGCCCCAGCCCUUCAGCUCCCUGCAAAAAAGAACCUAACAGCUCCCCCCCAGCUCAGGAGCCGGAGACCGGCGGCACGCCGACCAAGCAGGAGCGCAGGCAGGCAGUCGAUGCUCGGUCUCCCGCAGACUCACGAGUUAUGCAGGGCUCGCAGGCUCACGGGUUCCCCGAAAGGAAGGCGGUUAUUGACGGGAUGUAUUCCAGAAUGCCGGCACCCGGAGGCGGGGCCAGGUCACCUUACUGCCCAGUGCCGGGCCCCUACCCCCAGGCUGGCUACCCUUACUGCCCCGUGCCCGCCCCUCACCUCUACCUGGGCGGGGUUAUUAGCAUGCAGGCACCGCCCUUUCCAGUCAUAUACCCAAUGGAGGACAAGCUGGCUUCUGACAUCGCCAUGGCGACCAGACAGGACGAAGAUGGAGACACAGCUCUGCACAUCGCUGUGGUUCAGGGACAGGAGCUGAUGGUGUUGGCACUCACUCACAUCCUGCAGCAGGGCAAGAGAGACCUGGACACAUACAACAACCUGAGACAGACUCCUCUGCACUUGGCAGUGAUUACCCAUCAGCCCCAGAUGGUCAGUCACCUGGUUGGUCAGGGGGCCAGUGCGAUGCUGCUGGACCGGAACGGCCAGACCUCGAUCCACCUGGCCUGCGAACACAGCCAGCAGGACUGUCUGCAAGAGAUACUGGUCCGGAGCCAGAACAAACUGGACCUGGAGGCCCGGAACUACCAGGGCUUCACUCCUCUACACAUCGCAGUGAAUAACAAUAGAAAGGACUUGCUGACCACGCUGCUGAGCAGAGGAGCUGAUAUCGACGCUGUGGAUAUUAAAAGCGGGCGCAGCCCCCUCAUUCACGCAGUGGAAAACAACAGCUUGGAAAUGGUGAACUUUCUGAUCGAGCACGGGGCCAAUGUGAACGCUCAGAGCUACUCUGGGAACACCGCGCUGCACUCGGCCAGCGGCCGUGGCCUCCUAGACAUCGCGCGGGUGCUGCUGAAGAACGGGGCAGACUGCGGCAUCAAGAACUACCACAACGACACGGCCCUCAUGGUGGCAAAGAACAAGAGGGUUAUUGAUGCAUUGAGGGGGAAGGGGUCAAGGGUUGCAGCCAUUCCCAAACUCCCCGAGAUCACCACGGAGCUCCUCCCCUCUCCACACGGCAGCCGCAGCUCGUCAAGCUCGCCCACGCACACGCACAACGGAAACUCAAUCCCAUCUCCUGGCCCCGCCCUUCGAUGCUCCCCAUUGGCUGCUUCUCCAGCUCAACAACAACACCACCUCCCUGCCCCGCCCCCUUCCUCCAGCCCGCUGCUAGCUCCUCCCCAGAGGCCAGCCAGCCAAUCUAACGAUGGACAGUGGCUAUCGCCGGGCAGAGAUGAAAGACAUGUGCAAUGCCAGUCUUACCAGGCAGGGGGAGCUCUGAGCCCAGCAGCCUUGCCUAACUUCCACAGCUUCAGUAAUGGACCUCCUUUCAGUCCCGGAGUCCUGUACGCCAAACAGGGAGACUACAGGAACCUGCCACAGGGGUAUUACCUGGAGGGGCGGUGCAUCCCUCACCCCACUGCCUUCCUCCAGCCCUACCUCCUCCCCUCUCCGGCAAGAGCAUCCAAUCACCCGCUCGCAGGGAUCUCUCUGGACCAAUCGCAGCCCUCCUUUGACUCCCAGAGCCCCGCCCCGCUCAAUGCCCGCCCCUCCAGCAGGAACAGUGACCAAUCGGACGUGUCUACCAUGAGCGUCAGCAGUGGGGGAAAAGCCUGCAGGACCCAGAGAGACGAGGAACACACAGCCUGCAGGACCCAGAGAGACGAGGCACACACAGCCUGCAGGACCCAGAGAGACGAGGCACACACAGCCUGCAGGACCCAGAGAGACGAGGCACACACAGCCUGCAGGACCCAGAGAGACGGAGCAUACACAGCCUGCAGGACCCAGAGAGACGGGGCACACACAGCCUGCAGGACCCAGAGAGACGGGGCACACACAGCCUGCAGGACCCAGAGAGACGGGGCACACACAGCCUGCAGGACCCAGAGAGACGGGGCACACACAGCCUGCAGGACCCAGAGAGACGGGGCACACACAGCCUGCAGGACCCAGAGAGCCUUCUAACAGGAGCAAUGCAACCCAGAGCCAGCUCUUACAAUAGCAUUCACGCAUUCUCUAUUAUUAUUAUUAUUAGUAGUAUUAUUAUUAUUGUUGUUAUUAAUGUUGCUACCAGUAAUUGUAAC